UUACACUCCGCCUCUGUAGGGGGGAGUAGAGGGCAAGAGCGAGCAGGCAGACGCCAGAAAAGCAGUGUACAACGAUGCUCUGUUAGCAAAGCUGACAACCUAACUUACCAGUCGUCCCUUGAGUUUAAAAUGAAAUUGUAUUGUUUGUCAGGUCAUCCUACAUUGCCCUGCAAUGUCCUCAAGUUCAAGUCCACCACCAUCAUGCUGGACUGUGGACUUGACACCACCUCUGUCCUAAACUUCCUGCCCCUUCCUCUAGUCCACAGCCCUCGACUCUCAAAACUACCAGGCUGGGUGUCUAAAGAUGGAACAAUCAACCUGGAAAAGGAGCUGAAGGAGUGUGCAGGAAGGGUGUUUGUGGACUCACAGCCAGAAUUCUGUCUCCCUGAGAAAGAACUGUUGGACCUGUCCACCAUUGAUGUCAUCCUCAUCUCCAACUACCACUGCAUGAUGGCCCUACCCUACAUCACCGAACACACAGGCUUCACUGGGACAGUGUAUGCCACAGAGCCCACCCUGCAGAUCGGGAGACUUCUCAUGGAGGAGCUGGUGAACUUCAUGGAGAGAGUUCCCAAAGCUCAGUCCGCCACCUGCUGGAAGAACAAGGAAAUACAACGGAUGCUCCCAGGGCCACUGAAGGACGCAGUGGAAGUGUGGACAUGGAAGCGGUGCUACAGCAUGCAGGAGGUCAACUCUGCCCUCAGCAAAGUGCAGCUUGUGGGUUAUUCACAGAAAGUGGAGCUUUUUGGAGCUGUACAGAUCUCCCCAUUAAGCUCUGGUUACUCGCUGGGCAGCUCCAACUGGAUCAUUCAGUCUCAUCACGAGAAGGUGUCCUACGUGUCGGGUUCUUCCCUCCUCACCACACAUCCACAGCCGAUGGACCAGAGUUCUCUUAAGAACAGUGAUGUCCUGAUUCUAACAGGCCUCACUCAGAUGCCCACCGCCAACCCAGACGGCAUGCUGGGAGAAUUCUGCAGUAACCUGGCCAUGACCAUCAGGGCAGGAGGCAACGUGCUGGUGCCGUGCUACUCUUCAGGAGUGAUAUACGACCUGCUGGAGUGUCUGUACCAGUUCAUAGAGAGCGCCAACCUGGGGACCACGCCCUUCUACUUCAUCUCACCUGUAGCCAACAGCUCCCUGGAGUUCUCACAGAUCUUUGCCGAGUGGCUGUGUCAUAACAAGCAAACCAAGGUCUAUCUCCCAGAGCCUCCGUUCCCACACGCAGAGCUGAUCCAAACAAACAAGCUGAAGCACUACCCCAGCAUCCACGGAGACUUCAGCAGCGAGUUCCGUCAGCCCUGCGUAGUUUUCACCGGCCACCCAUCUCUGCGCUUCGGGGACGUGGUUCACUUCAUGGAGCUGUGGGGCAAAUCCAGCCUCAACACCAUCAUCUUUACCGAGCCAGACUUCUCCUACCUGGAUGCUCUGGCUCCCUACCAGCCGUUAGCCAUGAAGUGUGUUUACUGUCCUAUUGACACGCGGCUCAACUUCCAUCAAGUAUCAAAGCUGCUCAAGGAAGUUCAGCCGCUCCACGUGGUGUGUCCAGAGCAGUACACCCAGCCACCCCUGACCCAGUCCCACCGCUCUGACCUGAUGCUGGAGCUGCAGCCUCCUCCCAUGCCCUACCGACGCUGCUCCGUACUCAACCUUCCCUUCAGACGCCGCUACGAGCGCGUCUACAUACUGCCUGAGCUGGCCAACUCCCUGGUGCCCUCUGAGGUGAAGCCUGGCGUCUCCGUGGCAACCGUGUCUGCAGUGCUUCACUCCAAGGACAACAAACACACAUUACAGUCGGUGCCCAAACCUCCACCCGCGCCCCCCAGCAAGAAGAGGAAGCGUGUGAUGGAGGAGCCUCCAGUGAUGUUGGCCCCCAAACCCCUGCUGAGCGGAGCUGUGCCCCUGGAAGCUUUCCUGGCCACACUGCAAAAGCACGGGAUCACAGAGGUUAAAGUGGAGGAGACGGCAGACGGACACAUUCUGCACCUGCAGGCUGAGGACACACUGAUCCAGCUGGAGGAGGACGGGACGCACAUCGUCUGUGACAACAACGAGCCCCUGCGCACCACCCUGAGAGACCUGGUGCUCCGCUUCCUACAGAAACUCUGACCUUUAUCUGCCCCGUGCCUCAUGGUUUUAGAGGUAAUGGAUAGUGGACAGCAGCGGAAACUACUACGGGAGAGUGGAAGGACAAAGGGCUGUGAACUGAGCUGUCCCACUCAACACUGUUAGUUUUAGUGUAGAAAUCUGUUAUGUUUUUAUAAAAUAUUAUUUUGUAUUAAAGAAAAUUCUCAAAAAUG